GCUGGUUCGAAACAAUGAACACAAGUCGUGUUCACAUUCUGUUCGGUUCUGCUGCUCUUGGGCGCGAGAAGGUUGAAGGUCUUUGCCUUCCUGGUGAGCGAGUGGCUAGAAACAAGUAAAUGGAUUGUGAUCGCGUUCUAAGUGCGGUGUUCCACGAGACAACGCUCCAUGGCAUGGUCCUUCAGCGGGAGUACACAAAACAUCGAAGUAUUUUUCUUUGCCAAAGACAACGGGCUGAGGCACUCCAAAAAAUGAUGAUGGGCGUGCUGUGUCCUAGAUCGAGACGAUGAAAAGCUUGCUCCAAACGAACCACCGUCUCGUUCCCUCACCACCACGCUGUCUACCGAUACUCGCGGUGCCAUAAUCAUCAGCCCGAAGGCACUUCACAUGGUCACCGGUGGUCCCAAAGCGCGGCCUGUUGUUGGCCGAUAGCGGGGGGCCCUGGGGCAAUUAGCUGCGAUAUAACCAUUUCCGACAAAUCACCACCAUCGUGAGCGCACAGAGCACCGGCACCGUCCCACCGAAUGACUCGAAACCCGCCCUAAAACAAAUACCCCACAGCAACAGCAACAGUAAAAGUAAUCAAUCAACCGAAUCAGGAAGUGUCGAUAUCGCGCCCCGAAAGGUCGAUGUGGUGCUGUGAUCUGUUUCACCUGCAGCGUGCAGUAAAGUGCAGUUGAGUGGCCGUCCCUCAACCGGCACCCGGAUGGUGUAGCGGGCCCGAACCCAUCCUUGCAAAUCUUUGCAGCUGAUCACAGUGGCCAAUGAAGGGAAGUGUAUGUUUCAGUUUAACACCGUGAAGUGCACAUCACUGAAUUGUGUGUAUCGUGAGUGAGUGCGAGUGAUAAAGGGUAGUGAGGAAAGGAGUGACAGCGAGUGAAGAGUGGGAAGAGGGGUCAAGUGAAACGAAACGAACCCGCUGAUAAUGCUAUCGCGCAUCGGAACCGGCGGCGGCGCCGGUCACCAGGGACAGCAGCCUUCGUCGGCUCCCCCGUCGCCACCGGCCGGCAGCCAUCACCGUGGCGUGGUGCCCCAGGAGGUGGACGAUCUGGACGAGUAUCUGUCCGAGUACAAGCUGCAGGCACCGACCGAACCCAUCGCCCAUUAUGCCGAUGGAGAACUGGAAGCAGAAUGGCUCAAUUCGGCAGGAUUUCCACAGCUAACCAAAGCAUUCGAAGAGGGUCGCGAGCUGUCAGCGACAGAACUAGCUCCGGUCAUCUCUGGUCUCUCGAGUAUGCACGCGGAAGCGGUCAAGCAGCGCGUGAAGGCGCUCAACCGCACGGUACGCGGCCGCACGCGCAACCGAUCGACGAAGAAGCCGGACAUACGGGACGUAUUUCGGGAUCAAGAUUCUUCCAGCACCGGUACGCGGUCGCGCAGUGCCACACCGGACUCGCUGGACUCGCUGCCGGGUGACGAUGCGUGGAACACGCCGCCGGGCAACGGGCACCACCACCACCAUCCACACAUACCGAGCUUCGUGUCCGUGUUCGAUGGGAAUGGUGUGGUGCGUCCGACACCGAUCCGUGGCAAGCAACACCUGCGGCGCACACCGAGCGCCCCGUUGCGCGGUUCGGCAGAGCUGUUCCGGGGAUCACACAUCCGGUGCGACAUCCCCAUACACAACGAAGGCAUCGAGCUGCUCAACUUCCAAAGACUGGGAACGAUUCACAUACCGAGGAUUCGGUCCGGCUCGGAUCCAUCCUGUACGAUCGGGCCCCACGCCGGUCAGCACAUUUCGGGCACGCGCAGCCACACGAACCUGUACAACGGGUCGGCCGUGGCGGUCCGGCGGGACAACGACGACUCCGGCAACUCAUCAUCGGAGCAGAGCCCGCCCAGCUCGCCGCCGCGCAACAGUCUGCUCUGCAGCUCGGUCGAGAACUCGCCGCUUCGUUCGUCGUACGAACCGGUCAGCUUCGAGAGCAUGAUCAAGCAGACGUCCCCGUCGGCCGCGGACCAGUGGGAGCAGCGGCCGGAGGCGGCCCGCGAACCCUGCCUCGACAUCGACCAGAUAUCGGAGGGCGAGCAGAAGCGGCUGCAGCCGCUGCUCUGGCUCGAGCUGGCCUCACUGUUCGACAAAAACCACGUCACGCUCGACAAGCGGAAACCGUUCAAGCGAAAGCGCAAGGAGGAAGGCAACGUGUUCGGCGUGUCGCUCAAUGCGCUGGUGCGCCGGGACCAGCAGGUGACGGGCGAGGAUACGACGCUCGUGCCGCUCGUGCUGCAGACCAUACUGGCCGAGCUGGCGGUGCGCGGUGCCCGGGAGGAAGGCAUUUUGCGGGUACCUGGCCACAAGCAGAAGACCGAAGCCCUGUACAACGAGAUCGAGCACAACUUUUACUGCAAGCCGGAAAAGAUUGAUCCACUGAUCAAGAAGGCGGGAGUGCACGAUCUCAGUGCGCUGCUGAAGCGCUGGCUACGGGAGCUUCCCCAGCCACUGCUCGCCAACGAUCUGGUGCAUCUUUUCUAUCAAACGAACGUUCUACCUCCGCAUGAUCAGUACAAGGCGCUGGCGGUCCUCUGUCAGCUGCUGCCGCACGAAAACCGCAACACACUGCGCGAGCUGCUCAGCUUCUUCCGGCGGGUGGUCGAGCUGCAGGACCUCAACAAGAUGACGCAACAGAACGUGGCCACCAUCAUUGCGCCUUCGUUCUUUCCACCGAGAUUCGUACAUCCACCGGAUAAGAACGAUAUCGGUGCGCAGGUACGCAUGGCCGCCCAGUGCUGCCACCUGACGAACGUGCUGAUCACCAUGUCCGACAGCUUGUGGUUGGUGCCGCAGCGCCUGAUCGAGCAGGGCAAGAUGAUCAACAAAAAUGGACAGCCAAAGCGUCAGCUAACGCGCAAAGCCAAAAACGGAAGCGGAAGCAUCAUCGCAAUCAACCGAAGUGCGAACAGCGGCGGUGACUUUGUGUUCGACACCAACCACAUCCACCGGUUAGUGAUCUGAUCGUGUGCGGAGCCGGCCCCCGAACGGGACAGCGGACGGUGCUGAACCUGCGGGAUGCUUUACCAACCAUCAAGCUUUACAUCGUUGUCGUCAAACCCAAGAAAGCGAAUGCUAAACCACUUACAUGCAUACUUAAUAUAUAUACAGACACGCGUACUUGUUAAGAGUUAGUUAGUUAAGAAAGAUAUUUAGCAACAAACCCGACCGGUAUUAUGUUCUCUCCCCGCGGUCGUGUGUCCCUUAGUGCUCGCUCCAAUACCCCCCGCAUUACCUCAUUAGGCGAUUAGGAACAGCAGCUGGGACGCACGCGGGAGAGAUUUCUACGACUGAGGGUGCUUGGUAUAUUACAGGUCAGUUAGGUCCGGUGCUUUGCAGGGUGAUCCGUUUGCACAAUGAUCAACUGCGGCAGCCGGAAAAAGAUUAAUUAAGGAAUGCUUGGCACGUUCGUCGCUUGCUUACCGUUGUGUGUAUUGAGUUUUGUUUGUUGUGCUAGUUUAUUUUCCUGCAUUCUUCAGGCUGGUCAUACAUAUAUACAUCUACGAUAGCGUUUGUACAUAGGUUUGCGAUAGUAUUUUUGCGUGAGUAUUUUAAACCGUGUUUAAGGUCAGCGCAUUUAAAGCUUUUCUACUUCCCAGCGUGCGCUCCAUAGGGGCCGGAAAGAUAAAAAUAGGCACCUUGAAAACACCAGCGAAAGCGAGCGUUCGUAUUAUGAUUCAUUAACUACGGAGGGUGGAGUGUCUCAACGUUUUCCCUAAUACAAGUGGGAAAAAUGUUUGGAUCGUUUUUUUUAGCUCUAUUUCAUGGUGCUCUAAUUUUGGAAACGAUUCGAGUUUGCUCCUUCAAAACACAUGGUGAAGGUGAUUGAGAAGAUCUUCGUCUGACGGGUAACGUCGUAAAUGUCACUCGACUGUUCGUUUCAAUCGGUUCCAGUGGCCGCGUGCGGAAAGGGGCAGGUUAAAUUUAGACUGACGACCGUUCACUCCAUUAGCCUUAACAGGUUCCAGCUGAGAGCAAUAUGAUUUAGAAAUAAAACACAACGGACAUAACAUAGAUCGUACGAUCACAUACAUAGCCCGUAUCCAUAGCACAGUGGAUCAUCAAUCCGCAUAGAAUAUGAUCCGCACGCUUGCUGUAAGUUGAUGAGAAACGAGGUGGAAAAGUGGCCUCACCAUCUCUUCCAAACGAUCGCUACGCUUCGCACAGUUUAGGACAGUGUUGUAGUGCGCAGAUUUAGUCAACGGCAAUAUUUAUUAUACCUUCGCAUGGGGGGAUGCUUUUGGUGCAGUAGGAAUGCAUAGCAUAGGUGUGUUAGUGAGGAUUGAACAGAGCAGGUGGUUUAUUAUAGUUAAGGCCCAUAGUGCUAUAAAUGUGUAACAGACGAUGGAAAACAUUACUUCGAAAAUUAAAUUGUGUGUAAAAGAGUUGCGUUUGCGCGUGUGUAUGUGUGUGUAUAGGAUUGAUACGUAAAUGGUGUGUGAGUGUGAUGAAAAUAAUAUUGUCUCUAAUAAAAAAUGUAUAAAUUUCAUUAAA